AUGCUAGAUAACAAAGGCAUAUUCAAUGAGAUGGUCAAAGUUAUGCUUAGAGUCGGUGCAACUGGCGAGGGUCCAUUCACCAGCGGUACUCAAACAUUUUCCCUCGACAAACGCAAGAAACAAGUGACCCUCUGCGAGACAACACCGGCUACCAGUGCCCCGGAAGACCGAAAAGUGGGCGUGGCUGCGCCGAAAAUGUUCGCAUUCGAUGCGAUUUUCUCCCAGGAUGACUCGCAGAUUGAAAUAAGUUCCAGUGCACUUACAGAUGUUAUUCACGCAGUAGUUAACGGGACAGACGGUUGCCUUUUCUGCUUCGGACAUGCAGGACUCGGCAAAUCAUACACAAUGUUGGGGCGACCCGAUGCUGGUACAUCCCUCGGCGUGAUUCCUUGCGCCAUCUCGUGGCUGUUCAGGGGAAUAGCGGAACAGCGCCAUAAAUGUGGAACGAGGUUUUCAGUGCGCGUGUCUGCUGUUGAGUUAUGCACGAAUACUAAUCAGAUUCGGGAUUUAUUAGCACCUUAUCAUAAUGAUACUGAGCAAUCGCCAGGCGUAUAUCUUCGGGACGACCCGCUCUUUGGGACACAUCUCCAAAACCAGUCAGAGUUGAGAGUUCACAGCGCAGAAAAAGCAGCCUUCUACCUCGACGCGGCGUUACAAACGCGGGGUGUCAGAGAAGAAGGAAAAGACAGCCAUUUAUUAUACACCCUUCAUGUUUACCAAUACAGCGUCGGCGGCAAAGGAGCAGUUGCCGGAGGUCGAAGCCGAUUACAUCUAAUCGACUUAGGGAACUCAGAACGCGGAAAAACUAACGGAGGGAUACCAUUAUCCGGCUUAGGAAAUAUACUACUUGCGAUUUUCAACGGACAACGACAUUUACCGUAUCGAGAUCACAAUCUCACGCACGUUUUGAAAGAAUGCCUCGGGUCUCUCACCUGUCACACUGCAAUGAUAGUUCAUGUGUCUCCAAAUGUUCAAAAUUACACGGACACGCUAACUACACUACAGUUGGCAUCCCGAAUACAUCGAUUGAGACGUAGGAAAAUUAAAUACCCUGCAAAUAACAACGCCGGGUCGGGAGGUAGUUCUGGGGAAGAUGCUUCAAAACCAAGCAGCAGUGAACCCGAUCCGUCUAGUAGUGACCUAUCGGCUGAUACUGUUAUUUAUGUAGGCCCCUUAGACGAUGCUACCGAUGGUGAACAUCCACCGGUCUACAUACCACAUAUAAGUUCAGGUGAUAUUAGAUCAUCUCUAAGCAAAACAUUUAGGGCAUCAACACAAGACCAAAAACAUAAAUCUUCUCUAUCGAAAGUAGUCGAAGAAAAGAGUCCUAUUCACAAAGUAUAUGGAACACCGAAAGCGUCACCUCUAAAAACUGCAUUGCCAGUAGGUUAUGCAGCAAAGUCAUCACCCGUACACAUAGCUUCAACCAAAGCUACGCCAAUUAAGAAAACGGUUCCUAAACAUCCAGAAGAAAAAAAUACAAGUGAUGAACAAUGGAUCGAUGGACCUAGAAUAUCAAAAUCUAAAUUGGUGGAAGCUAGACACAACAUUAUAAAAGAAACUCAAGGGAAGAAAAGAGAGACCUGGAUUGAUGGACCCAUGCAAGAAUCAAAACUGCCCUUACAAUUUGAAUCCGUACCAAUACAGUCAAACGCUAAUCAAGUACCUCUUCAAGUAGGGGUACUAAGUUCUUAUACUAAUGAAAGUCUUGGCUAUGGGUACAUGGACAAUCAUAAGAAAAAUAUGAUAAGGAAGUGGGUAGAAAAUCAAACUUGUCAAAUACAAAAAUCUAGACAUAAUUCACCAAGUCAUAAACCACAACAACAAUCUAAUAUCAAAGAUGCAAAUUCCAAGUUGAAUGAAGAUAGUGACGCAACUCAUAAAAUGGAAGUUACAAAAGACUCAAGACGCGUACAUGUCGAAGAAUCAACAAUAAGAACUGGUUUGAAAUCGGGUUCUAAAGCCAUAGCAAUAGAAGAAGAAAACUUUGGUCCACCAGAUUCUAUAUCAGCUAAAAAGUCAUCUUUACCAAAGUCUGCUACUAAAAAUGAGGUAGAUGAAGAUGAUGAUAGUGAAGAAUUGGCAGAAAUACCUCCUGCUCUACCCUUAAUUCAACCAAGUAGUCUAAGUAGCAGGGAAGUUUCAAUGGAAAGUUUAGAUAGCAAAUAUAAAGAACGAAUGCGAAUGGGUGACGAUAUAGUAUCUAAUCAUAGUAGAGACAUUGAUCCCCAUGGAAUGAGUAAAGGGCCGGCUGAUGACGAUGAUGAAAUACUAGAGAUAAUUGAAGUUGAAGAACCUUUAGAACCAGUUCCUAUGCAAGACUGUUGUCUUCAAGUAACCGAAGAAGACAUUGCAUUCUGCAUGGGAUUAACUAACUUCGAAGGCGAUGAAGAUGACGAUGACCAUCCACUUAGAAUCUUAAGUCAAGAAAAUUUAACGGUAGCCUCUACUUUCACAGACACCUUAUCUUUGUAUAGUGAAGUUGAACGACAAAUAAGAAAUGAAGCAUAUCUUAGACAAACUAUGGAGUUUUAUGCUCAAACAUUUGGUGAUAACUCGGGUGAUAUGAACCUACAAGGUAGUUUACCUUCCUCUAGAUCGAAAAUCGACGAUCUAAUGGAGUUAACAGAAAUGUAUGGGCCAAGAAAACUAUCAGAUGGAAACAAUAUAGCAUCUUCAAGAAUUUUACCCCAGUUUCAAUCAAUAUCUCUAUGUAAUGUUCGCAAUGCGGACGAUUACCACGGCGACGGGUCAGUGUACAGUGAGCCUGCUUAUAGACCGAGUGACAAAAUAUGUGAUAGUUGCAAACGAACAAUAUCUAGGCCGGGAAGUGUCGUUGACGAUUGUGAAGCAUAUCAUAACUUAGACAUAACGCAUAACGAGUGUUACGGCCCUUUUGAACGUUACAGAGGUAACGACAUAACAGAUGCUCGAAUAGCCUCAUUAAGACAUCCAGAUGGAGCAUCUGAUCCGAAUCUUCGUGAAGAAAAUCGUUUGCCAGGCAACGGUGCUCCAUCUAGUACAUUUCGGGAACUUAAAUCGAAUAUGCACCUGGAAGUGUCUCCGCCCGCAGUCACAGCUGAACCGAGGUCCGAGAAGGGUGACAAAGGAGUCGCCCGAGUUCUAGCGAGUUCUAAACAAGAUGGUUAUGAUAGUGGUCACGAGUCCACACCGAGAACCGGCAAGCACAGUCCCGCUGGAACUUCGAGGAGGGCUGAAUCGGGCUAUGAUUCUGUACCUAGGGACUCCGAUGCGUCAUCAUUAGAUUCCUAUCCAACUCGAAGAGCCGCGGUAGCAAGGGCUCACGCAAAAAAACACACAACGGCUAAAUAUAAACAGCAUAGUGACCGAUCUUUCUGCUCGUGGCUAAGAAAUCCUUUCACAUGCAAAUACGCGGACACAGACCCGGAAAUCAGUGACUUUUGA